AUGUCUGAAUACAUUACUGCUCUGGCGGUGCUCGUGGAUGGACCAGUACUUUCAGUUACAUUGUUGAGCCAGCGGUAUGAGGACGCUACUGGAGAAGAAAUGCGAGUUCCUGUGCAUUUGAAAUCUCUGGAGGAGACAAUCCUGAACACGCGGCGAAGCCAGCUUGCUUCGAAAUCAGAAGGCACGAAACGGCGGAGUCGUACCACCACGCCUCUUCCACAUUUGAUGGAGCGUGUCCGCGACGUGUUCAUGGACACGGAGUCACCUUCCGCUUCGUCAGCUCUUCCCACUCCGCGUCAUACCGAGAAGCCCGUGGGGAACCGUACUCCUGCCACCGAUUUCAUCUCAUCAGCCCGGAAGGGCUAUUCGACACCUCGUCCUCGAACACCUGAAAACGAGCCUCCACUACCUCCUCCGCCUCCGAUUGCCUCAGUAGUCGGUCCACCUCCAGCUGCUUUUACGCCUCAUUUUCCACCAUCUAUGUUGCCACCAUUUCACAGCGGUCAGAGUUGUGCUGACAGUGAAGGACUGACCAGUAACCCAGAAGAUUAUCGACGACGUGGGUGCGGCGUUUGUUCGCCUGCUUCGAUUUCUUACAACGACUACAGUGGAAUGCCUCAUAACAACAGCGGCUUCUGGUCUCCGUUCUCAUACUAUUCAACCGGAAACACCUAUAAUUCCCUCCCGAAUGACCUUCAAUCUACAUCGUGCUAUUCAUAUAGUGCGUGCUCCCCUGUUGAGUCAACAAGUGGUCGCCUAAGGCACGGAUACGCUGGCUUUGGAGACGAAUAUGGAGAACGUUCGGAUUUCCAGCGAAGAUCUCGAUAUUACGACAGGCGGUGGCGUUGUCUGCAAGCUGAAACUCAUGCGUCUAGAUCCCCGUAUUACAGAAGGCAUCAUGGAGGUGUUGGAAAUCCUUUUCGCGGUUACAGAACGCCACCACUACCGCGUGCAAGUCGCAGGGAAGAUCAUCGACAAGGAGAUUUCGUCAUAAAACGAUAUCGUUACGACGUUCCCCCUUCCCAUUUGUCGUGUAAGUCAAGCAAUCGGGACAUGAACAACAACAGUUCGUGCAGCAAUGGUCAUGUGGAAUCUAACACUCCGAAUCAUCCUCCGCGGAAGAAAAGUCGAUGGGAUUGUGCACACGGUGCUGAAACUACGGAAGGUCUUAUAGAUUUUAUCCUUCUAUGUUCAUUCGACUUUCAUAGGGCCGAGAUAUGGCAGGUUCUCUUUUUCCUCCCAAGGGUAGUGCCCGCUGUCAGUUUGGUUCUUUUUGAUGAAAGACUGAUUUCGAAAGCCAUCCUUUCUCUGUUACUUGUCAGUAUCCUUCAACAGGUAGCUUGA